GGACGAUGUGGCGCCGUUGCUCUAACAACAAACAUUAACUUGCCUACAUCUUAUCAACUUACACUCCCCAACCGCAUCACUAUCAAUAACAUCACCACCACCACCAAGCCAAAAGAAUCACCACGCAAUACCAUACCGAAAAUGUUACUCGACGAAAACCCCGCCACUCUCAUCCACCACACAAUCGGCAACUUCAACAUCCAACCCGACAAACAAGCCGUCACGCGCAUCAAUGACUCGCUCGCCACGCUGCAGCAGUCGCGCGAGCUGCGCAUGCGCGAGGCCGAGUCCGCCCUCCGCAAGCUCUCGCGCCACCUGUCCGCCUUGAACAACCAACAGGAAGAAGCCGUGGCCGCGCACGACGCCGGCCAGCACGCCGCCGAGAUGGUCGAGCUCGACACCAAGAAGUUCCGCAUUGCCAAGAGCGCCACCGAGCUGGAGAUCGAGAGCGAGCGGCUCGAGGGGGAACUGGAGAUGCUCCGCGAGCGGCUGGCGGAUCUGGAGGCGCAGGGCGUCGAGGGGGAUGAGCCCACGCGUCGCGAGCGGGAGAUGGAUGAUGCGACGCUUCUUCGACUCAAAAUCUACCGAUCCCUGGGUGUCGAUAUCGAAGCGGACGAGACGGGCAACUUCAAUAAAGCCGUGAUCCGGAAUAGUCGCAAGGGCGACGUCCAUGUUGUCAACAUUGAUCCGAAAUUCUCGCGGUUCUUCUACUCGAAUUAUUUCUGGUCGACCUUGCAGGGGUAGAGAGUGCUACCUCUUCGGGAUGGCGUUUCGCUGGUUUAUAUGGUGUUGGGUUGGUUUCCUCGGCGUCUCUUACUGUAUCUUACAUGAUUGAUUAUACCCCC